AUGAACCUUGCUGAUAAUCAUCUGUCAGGAACCAUCCCCGAAGAGUUGGGUAAGCUUCCAAGCCUCCAUACGCUGAAUCUUGCCGGCAACAAUCUUCAAGGUAACAUCCCUGAUUCCUUAGGCGCUAGCAGUUUUCUUAGCUAUGUCGACCUUGCAAACAACACUCUUACCAGUGGCAUCCCUGUCUCGCUGGCCAACAGCGUCUCACUCACCACACUUAUACUGUCACGUAAUAACCUCUCUGGAGUGAUCCCCUCUACUCUGUUUGAUAACUCGUCCAAGCUUUCUGUGGUUGACCUCCGGAUGAAUUCUUUAGCUGGUCCCAUCCCACAUUUCCGUAAGGUCACAGCACUCAAAUUUCUUCGCCUGACAGACAACUUGCUCUCUGGAAGCAUACCUCCAUCAAUAGGCAAUGCUUCUUCCCUCACCUCUAUAUUGCUCGGCCAAAAUAAGUUAUCAGGAUCAAUUCCAGAGACUUUAGGUCACAUUACAAAACUCAUUGAGCUUGACCUAGGUUUCAACAGUCUAUCAGGGAUUGUCCCGUUGCCUCUUUACAACGAGACAUCACUCAAAUAUUUUAGUGUGGUCAGCAAUGCCCUUGUUGGACAGAUGCCAUCCCACAUUGGUUACUCGCUACCAAACCUCCAGUUCCUUAUCAUGGGAAGCAACAGGCUGGAGGGCCUGAUCCCUGCUUCACUAACCAACAUGUUAAAUCUCCAAACACUUGACCUUUCAAACAACUCGCUACAUGGCUAUGUUCCUUCUCUUGGUUCGUUGGCAAACUUGCGCCGGUUAGAUUUAGGAAGGAACUUGCUAGAAGCACAUGACUGGUCAUUUCUUACAUCUCUAGCAAAUUGCACCCAGCUGAUAAAAUUGUCGUUGGAAGGGAAUGCUCUAAAUGGCAGCCUGCCUAUAUCAAUUGUUAACCUUUCCAAGAGGCUACAAGAUUUAUCGCUUGGGUCAAACCAAAUUUCGGGCUCCAUACCUGUUGAGAUUACCAAUCUUGUUAAUCUCACUUUGCUUAGGAUGGAAAGCAAUUUUCUUUCUGGAAGCAUACCUUCUACCAUCGGGAAGCUACGAAACUUAUAUAUCCUAAAUCUAUCAAAGAACAAAUUAUCAGGUCAUAUCCCUCCCUCAGUUGGUGACAUCGCCCAACUUGGCAAGCUUUAUCUUGACAAUAACAACUUGAGUGGAAACAUACCUGGUAGUUUAGGUCAGUGCAAGGGACUUCUUGAACUGAACUUGUCUCGGAACAAUCUUGGCGGGUCAGUACCAUCCGAACUGUUUGCUAAUCCUCCACUCUCCUUGGUUCUGGACUUCUCACACAACAGUCUCACAGGGGAACUACCAUUGGUAGUUGGUACACAUGGCAGUGGUAAUGGUCCAGUAUCCCUUCACAUGGAAGGAAACAAGUUUCAUGGACAAAUUCCAAAAAGAUGGUAUCUACUAGUAUCAACCGAACAGAUUAAUCUGUCUGAUAAUGACUUAUCCGGUGCCGUGCCUGAAUUCUUUGAGCAACUUCAUAUGCUGAAGCAACUUGAUCUGUCUUACAAUAACUUGGAAGGGUCUGUUCCUACAAGUGGGAUCUUUGAGAAUUCUGCUGCAGUAGUUUUGGAUGGCAACAAGGGACUCUGUUCAAAUUCCUCUGGGCGAGAAUUACCACUUUGUCCUCACAUCUCAGCAUCAGCGACUAAAACAAAGCACCAACUGUCCUUGCUGGCGAUCUCACUGCUAAUUGUACUACCACCAUUUACUAUUGGUUCCCUAGUGUUGUUAUGGUUUCUGCUCACUCUUUGGAAGAAAGGGCUGUUUUCAUUUUCGCGAUGGGAUCUUGUGUCCAAGAUGUUUCCUAAUAGAAGAGAAGUGCAUACAGCCCCGUUCCAUGAUGAGAAGAAGCUGAAGAGAGUGUCAUACCAGGACAUUCUUAAAGCUACCAACUGGUUUUCUUCGGUCCAUACUAUCAGCUCAACCUGCACUGGUUCAGUUUAUGUUGGUAGGUUCAAGUCUGACAGGAGCCUAGUUGCCAUCAAAGUAUUCAACUUGAGUGAACCUGGUGGAUAUGAUAGUUACCUUAUUGAGUGUGAAGUGCUGCGAAGCAUCCGCCAUAGGAAUAUAAUGCGACCUGUGACUGUAUGCUCAACAUUGGAUUCACAAAACAAUGAGUUCAAAGCACUAAUCUUCGAGUUCAUGGUUAAUGGAAGCCUGGAGAGAUGGUUGCAUUCUGAGCAAAACAAUGGAAUCCUAGACAAAGUGCUAAGCUUUGGCCAGAGGAUAAGCAUAGCAACAGAUGUGGCUUCUGCUCUUGAUUAUGUCCACAACCAACUGACGCCUCCUUUGAUCCAUUGUGAUUUGAAGCCAAACAAUGUCCUUGUGGAUGAUGACAUGACUGCACGGCUCAGUGACUUUGGCUCAGCACAGUUCCUAUCACCAGGUCUGGCUAUUCCUAAAAGCAUGGAUGAUGUUGGAGGAACCAUUGGGUACAUGGCACCCGAGUAUGGGAUGGGUUGCGGGGUCUCCGUAGGAGGCGACGUGUAUAGUUUCGGAGUGCUUCUGCUGGAGUUGCUUACCGGAAAACGACCUAGCGAUGAUAUGUUCGUGGAUGGACUCAGCCUUUGUAAGUUCUGUGAAUCCAUGCUCCCAGACAGAGUUGCAGAGAUUCUAGAUCCUCGUAUGGCGCACGAGGAACAUCAAGGAAGUGUAGAAGCAUGGAUGCAGAGAUAUGUCGUCCCGUUGGUUGCUCUUGGGCUGUCGUGCACCCUGGAAUCUCCCAAGGACAGGCCUGGAAUGAAAGAUGUUUAUGCGGAACUUUCUGCUAUUGGAGCCUCUUUUCUGGAACGCCACGAUGAUUGA